AUGGCGGCCAUCAGUGCAGGCGGCAUGGUGGCCAUCAGUGCAGGCGGCAUGGCGGCCAUCAGUGCAGGCGGCAUGGCGGCCAUCAGUGCAGGCGGCAUGGCGGCCAUCAGUGCAGGCGGCAUGGCGGCCAUCAGUGCAGAGCUGCAGGAGGAGAGGCGCGUCCUGCCAGAGCUGCGGGAGGAGAGGUGCGUCCUGCCAGAGCUGCAGGAGGAGAGGCGCGUCCUGCCAGAGCUGCUGGAGGAGAGGUGCGUCCUGCCAGAGCUGCUGGAGGAAAGGUGCGUCCUGCCAGAGCUGCUGGAGGAGAGGUGCGUCCUGCCAGAGCUGCUGGAGAGAGGCGUCAGCGAUGCGCCUUGUGAGGCUCGAGGAGUCAGCGAUGCUGCUUGUGAGGCUCGAGGCGUCAGCGAUGCGCCUUGUGAGGCUCGAGGAGUCAGCGAUGCGCCUUGUGAGGCUCGAGGCGUCAGCGAUGCUCCUUGUGAGGCUCUAGGCGUCAGCGAUGCGCCUUGUGAGGCUCAAGUCGUCAGCGAUGCGCCUUGUGAGGCUCGAGGCGUCAGCGAUGCGCCUUGUGAGGCUCGAGGCGUCAGCGAUGCGCCUUGUGAGGCUCGAGGCGUCAGCGAUGCGCCUUGUGAGGCUUGA